CUGCGAUUGUGGCUGUGGGAGGGCUUCUUCCCUGUGCGCUGUUGCCCAUCCAAGCCUAAUAUGGCGGUGCGGCUACAGCAAAGCAAAGCAGGAUCCAGAAGAGGAAAAGAUGCACUUUCAUAACGGGCACAUUAAACUGCCAGGAGUAAGGACCUACAUUGAUCCGCACACUUACGAAGAUCCCAAUCAAGCUGUUCAUGAAUUUGCCAAGGAGAUUGAAGCUUCGUGUAUCACCAUUGAGAGAGUUAUCGGAGCAGGUGAAUUUGGCGAAGUUUGUAGUGGACGUUUGAAACUACCUGGAAAAAGAGAAUUACCUGUGGCUAUCAAAACUCUGAAAGUAGGCUAUACUGAAAAGCAGCGCCGAGAUUUCCUGGGUGAAGCAAGUAUCAUGGGUCAGUUUGAUCAUCCAAACAUCAUCCAUCUAGAAGGCGUCGUGACUAAAAGCAAACCUGUGAUGAUAGUGACGGAAUACAUGGAGAAUGGCUCCUUAGACACGUUUUUAAAGAAAAACGAUGGGCAGUUCACUGUGAUCCAGCUUGUUGGCAUGCUGAGAGGCAUCGCUGCAGGAAUGAAGUACCUUUCUGACAUGGGCUACGUGCAUAGAGACCUUGCUGCUAGAAACAUCUUAAUCAACAGUAACCUUGUGUGCAAAGUGUCUGACUUUGGACUUUCCAGGGUACUGGAAGAUGAUCCUGAGGCAGCCUACACCACAAGGGGAGGCAAAAUUCCAAUCAGAUGGACUGCCCCAGAAGCAAUUGCUUUUCGAAAGUUCACCUCUGCCAGUGAUGUCUGGAGCUAUGGAAUUGUAAUGUGGGAAGUUGUGUCUUAUGGAGAGAGACCCUACUGGGAGAUGACCAAUCAGGAUGUGAUCAAGGCAGUGGAAGAAGGCUACCGCCUGCCAAGCCCCAUGGAUUGUCCUGCUGCUCUCUAUCAGUUAAUGUUGGAUUGCUGGCAGAAAGAUCGAAACAGCCGGCCCAAGUUUGAUGAAAUAGUCAACAUGCUGGACAAGCUGAUACGAAACCCAAGUAGUUUGAAGACAUUGGUGAAUGCGUCAAGCAGAGUAUCUACUUUGUUGGCAGAACAUGGUUCUUUGGGUUCUGGGGCCUACAGAUCAGUAGGUGAAUGGCUGGAAGCAAUCAAAAUGGGCCGAUACACAGAGAUUUUCAUGGAAAAUGGAUACAGUUCAAUGGACGCUGUGGCUCAGGUGACCUUGGAGUGAGUAGUUUUUCUGAUCAUUUUUACAUAGUUGUUGGGGCAAGAAAUGUAUAUUCAGACACCAGAGUGGAUGCAAUCAAGAGAAAAAAAGUUAACAUGUGUCCAUAUGUGGCAGCUUUCAAAGAAGCCUCAUCUUUUUUAGCCUGUGCUGUUAACAGCUGCAUGGUCCAUGCUCCUUGUGUCCAGUAUCUUUGCUAUUUUGUUCAUUCAACAGCACUUGAGUGUUCAGAUAACUGGAAUCACAACUCUUUGGCAAAGUACUGGUACUUUGUGUUGUGGAAAAAGAUGUUUCCUUGAGUUUUUAUACUGGUACUUAUGUUAUAUGAAUGUAAAUAUAAAACGAAACAAGCUGUAAGCACAAUUGGUGUCGUUAGUCCUGUGUAACAAAAAAAAAAAUAAAGAAAUAGAAAACGAUUAAAAAGAAAGAAAAGAAACAAAAGAAAAAGUGAAAGACAGAGAGAAAGAGAGAAAGAAAGAAAG